AUGUCGACGACGCCACGCCUGUGCCGCUUUGGCGGCUGCCGCUCGUACGGCAAGAUGGACGGCUACUGCCUCAUUCACAUCAAGGAGGCCGUGACGCCCGCGUCGGUGGCGCCGACGCCGCUUCUGACGCCGUCGCUCGCGCCCUUGCGGAUUGCGUCGCCACCGCCACUCGCGUCGCCCAAGCCCUCGACACCGCAAGGCAGCAUGCCCAUCACGCACCUUCCCGCGGUGUGCAAUGGCCGGUGGCAGUGCUUUGUGCCGGGCUGCGCGAUCACCGCAGCCCCCGGCCUGCCGUUCUGCACAGAACACGAACACGCGACGUUGACCGUCGACGUUGGCAAGCCGACGACCGGUCGCCGGAAGCGCAAGUCGCCGACGCCGACGCCACGGACAACUGCCCGACCGCGUACGACACACGAUGCGCCGAGCUGCGACGAAGUGUACCGGCAGCAGCUCGACGUGAGCGAGCACGCGCAGAUCCUUGCGACGCUCGCGCGCACGUAA